GCAUCACUAUGGAAACUCUCUUGCCAGAGGACCGUUUUCUUGAACUGUUUCCAUGGCAGCAUCACUAUGGAAACACUCUUGCCAGAGGACCGUUUCCUUGGACUGUUUCCAUGGCAGCAUCAUUAUGGAAACACUCUUGCCAGAGGACCGUUUCCUUGGANUGGACUGUUUCCAUGGCAGCAUCAUUAUGGAAACACUCUUGCCAGAGGACCGUUUCCUUGGACUGUUUCCAUGGCAGCAUCAUUAUGGAAACACUUUUUCCUGUGUAUCGUUUCCUUGGUUUACAUGUUUGCACGGAUAAAUAGUGUUCGUUAAGUAGUCCAUCGUUCAAGGUCCCUUGAUAUCAAUGAUCAAAGAGAUUUAACUAGGUAAAAUUAAAAUUCCUUUAGAGAAAAAUGCUGACUUGCACUUCAAAUACAUUCUAAAACGUUUAUCUAUCUAUUUUAGAAAAAAACAGUCAACGCUCAUUUAGCAAAACGAUUUACGUUGUAUAAGCGAACUGAACUCAUUGUGGAUUUUAGGAUCUGCUCCACUUUUGAUAUCUUGAUGAUGACGAUUGUCUUGUGUUUACGAAGCAGAUACUUGGUUAAUACCUAGGAAGACAUGUCAGAUUGUUGUUCGCAGUUUUUCAUAUCUACAGCAUAGUUUGAUACCAUAUUGUCAAUAUUUACAAAAUCUUAACAGUACGUACUUCAAAUUCUUUCAAUUCCAACAUGCCCUAUUCAAUCCUUCAUAAGGAUGGCCAAAGCUGCUCGCUCUCGCUUAAGCUAAUGUCUCCUAUGAAUCCACUGAAUACAGUGUACUUCUGCGUGUUUUAUAAACUACAGAUAAUACCGGUCGAGUUGCAUUGCAUACUGACCCAAAAUUAACAAAACGAUUCAGUUUGGUCUCUUCACUUUGCAAAACUAUCUUAAAAAAACAUCUUGAUAAAAAUGGCAGCUAGUUUUCAGAAUCAUCUCAUUUUUUGGUCGCUUGUUUGUCAUGGACUGCGAAUUGUACAAACAGAACGAGGUUGUUCAGAUAUUUUGCCUCACUAUUGCAAGAGGCUUAAGGUUUAUCUUGGGCCCCUCGUUUGCAGGACUACCAACCCAUCCCUUAGAAAACUAGUGACAACGAAAUGCCUUAAAACAUGUGGAUUUUGCCGUCAGAUGUAUCCUAUUGACUGUCGCUUUUCUCAAUGGGGAUGCUGUUGGGACGGAUUGACACCCAGAGAUGACCGUCAUGGAUAUACGUGCCCUAAAUGUAGAGACAAGUUUGCACACACAUGUCGGGAGUUUGCACACACAUGUCGGGAGUUUGCAUACUACUGCAGUAAACCCGAUACUUUUAGCGGGGGCUUCCUUAGAAUGGCUUGCCCAGUGACUUGUGGAAGAUGCUCUUCUUAAAUAUAUAUGUCUGUCUGUCUGUUUUCGCACUAGUCUACUGCACAAGACCCGACACUUUUAGCGGGGGCUUCCUUAGAAUGGCUUGCCCAGUGACCUGUGGAAGAUGCUCUUAAAUAUGUCUGUCUGUCUGUCUGUCCGUUCUUUUUUCGUAAGACUGCAGUAGAACAGAUUCUUUCAGCGGGAACUUCCUUAGAAUGGCUUAGUUGCCAAGUAGUUUAUAGAAGAUUCAUUCUUUAAGAUGGCUCUUAACAGUUUUUCUUCUGAAUACAUUAUUUCUGAUUAAGUAUGGGAAUCAAGGAUGUAGCAGUUGGGAUCUCAUGUUUACUUCGGUAUCACAUGAGAUUCGAAGGUUUUUCUCCUUAACCCUUGUCCUUGUAAUGAUGGAAUUAAAAGGCGAAUUGCGGAAACCGCUCAAACCCGGCAUUUUUAGUACCACGCAUGCGCCUCAUCCGAAUCGUUUUUAUGAAAUACUUUUCAGCGUCACAUCGGGUACCCCCUUCAAUCGUUUAAG